CCAGCGUUUCUGAGGAGGGAAGCGUUGAAGAGGCUUUGCUGCUAAGGAUAUUAAUUUAAUAUUACUGGUUUGAUCCAAAAACAAAUACCAGCUGCAGAAACAGGCACAUGCUGCAUGGAACACAAUUAAUCUCGCUACCCUAAGCUUGUAGGUGACAGAGUAAAAGGCAACCAUGGCGGACGAUGAAGAGAAUGUGGAAUAUGAGUACUAUUAUGAAGAAACAAUCACUGAAGAUGGUGGAGUGGUGGAGGUAGAGCAAAAAGGUUCUGGACCAGCUGUCCCAGCUGUCCCAGCUGUCUCCACUGGUCAACCAGAACGAAAGAGGGUGAAGAAAAAAGUGGACACUUCUAAGUUCAUGACUCCUUAUCUGGCCCACAGCAAGAAGAUGCAAGAAAUGUUCAGUCAGAACAAGUACAAGGAGAAAUAUGAGAAGCACAGAGGGGAACCCUAUGCCAUCACAACCGAUACUCCUGAGCUGCGAAGGAUAAAAAAAGUUCAAAAUCAGCUGAGUGAGGUAAAGUAUCGCAUGGGUGGCCAGAUUGCCAGGACUGACUGUCACGUUGAUGGGAAGGCCAGGGAUAUUGAGCACGCAAAGAAAGUCUCACAACAAUUUAGCAAGGUUUUAUAUAAGCAGAAUUGGGAAGACACUAAAGAAAAGUACCUGCUUCCACCAGAUGCUCCAGAACUUGUUCAGGCUGUGAAAAACACAACAAUGUUUAGCAAGAAAUUGUACACAGCUGACUGGGAUGAAGAUAAAACAUUGUAUUUCCCCUACUCUGAUAGUCCAGAACUAAGAAGAGUGGCCAAAGCUCAGAAAGCUCUGAGUGAUAUAAAUUAUAAAAAAGGACACAAUGAGCAAAAGUUACAGUUUAGCUCAGUGGCUGACCGACCUGAUAUUGAGAUGGCAAAGAAGGUGACUCAACAACUGAGCGAUAUAAAAUAUCGUGAGGAUUAUCAGAAGAAAAUCAAAGGAAAAUGGAGCCAGACACCAUGCUAUGAAAUUGCAGUUGCAAGAAUGAAUGCAGAUAAUCUUAGUGAUAGGAAAUACCAAGAAGAUUUUGAGAAUGCAAAAGACCAAAUUUACUUCAUGCAAACAGAAACUCCGGAAUACAAAGUCAAUAAGAAAGCCAGGCUCAAUGCUAGCACGGUACAAUACAAAGCUGAUUAUGAGAAAUCAAAGGGACCCACAGCUUACCAUACUCUUCCUGCCACAGAAAAUCCCCUGCUCAGGCAACUAAGAUUUGCAGGCAAUGCCCUAAGUGAUAAAUUAUACAAGGAUUUAUAUGAAAAAGCAAAAGGAACAAGUAUUAAUUACUGUGACACACCUAAGUUUAAAAUCGACAAUGAUCUGAAAAACUUCAGUGACCUUAAAUACAAAGAUCACUACCAAAAGAACAUUGUGGGACAAUAUGCUGGCAGCUAUGAAGAUCCAUACAUGCUACAUUGUGCCAAAGUAUCAAAUAUAACUAGCAACAAAAAUUAUAAAGCUGAUUAUGAAGAGGAGAAGGCAAACUGCUACUUUCCACAGACAAUUACUCAGGAGUAUGAAGCUACUAAGAAAUUAAAUCAAUGCAAAGAUUAUGUCUACAAACAACGCCCAGAUCAAAUCAACUUUACUCAAGUGGUUGAUUCUCCUGUGAGUGUCCAAGCACAAAAGAAUUCCAAGCAGCUAAGUGAUCUAAACUAUAAAGAGAAGUAUGAAAAAGAAAAAUCCAAGUGCUCUAUUCCUGAGGAUUCACCCUUUAUACUACAGUCCAGACUUAAUGCAUAUAACCUUAGUGAUAAAUGGUACAAAUACGACUGGGAUAGAGCCAAAGCUAAAAAGUUUGACAUUAAUAUAGAUGCAAUUCCACUUGUGGCUGCGAAAGCCAACAGAAAAAAAGCCAGUGAUGUAGAGUAUAAAAAAGAUUAUGAAAGGAACAAAGGGAAGAUGGUUGGCGCACUUAGCAUCCAGGAUGAUCCCAAGAUGUUGCUUGCGGCACAAUCGUCUCGUAAUCAAAGUGAUAUUUUAUAUAAAAAGGAUUAUGAAAAUUCAAAGACCAAAUAUUCUGCACCUCUAGAUAUGAUCUCUGUUCAAUUGGCCAAGAAAUCGCAGUCCAUCGCCAGCAAUUUGGAUUAUAAACACUUGAUUCAUUCUUACUUUUGCCCUCCUGAUAGUGUGAACCUUUCCUUAGCAAAGAAGGCCUAUACUAUGCAGAGCGAUAUCGACUACAAAUCUGAUUAUAACAACUGGGUUAAAGGUUGCGGAUGGGUGCCCUAUGGAUCCCUGGAUGUAGAAAACGCCAACAAAGCUUCACAGAUUCUUAAUGAGAAGAAAUACCGUCAGCACCCAGAUACGAUUAAGUUUACCUCAAUAGAAGAUGAUCCAGUUAUGGUCCAGUCAAAACUUAACCAGAAGAUGAGAAGUGAUAUACUUUAUAAAUCUGAAGGAGAGAAAGUAAUUCACAAGUAUUCGCUACCAGCAGAUGUUCCUGAACUUAUUCAAGCACGAGUUAAUGCUUACAAUUUAAGUGAUAAUUGCUAUAAACAAGGACUGGAAGAAUUAAAGUUAAAGGGAUAUGACCUCAAGGCUGAUGCUAUCUCAGUUAAAGCUGCCAAAGCCGCCUGCCAUGCUGCAAGUGAUGUGCAGUAUAAAAAAGCUUAUGAGAAGCAGAAAGGCAAACUUGUUGGUUUCCGUAGUUUACAAGAUGAUCCUAAGCUGGUCCAUUUUAUGCAUGUUGCUAAAAUGCAAUCUGGAAGGGAGUAUAGGAAGGACUAUGAGAUAGCAAAGACCAAAUAUAACACUCCAUUAGAUAUGGUCAAUGUUGUUGCUGCCAAGAAGGCACAAGACAUUGCCAGUGGUAUUCAUUAUAAGCAGUUACUCCAUCACUAUACCUACCUCCCAGAUGCAAUGAGUGUUGAACUAUCAAAGAAGAUGAUGGAGAUUCAAAGCGAUAAUCUCUACAAAGCAGACAUGAACUGGAUGAAAGGAAUUGGUUGGAUCCCACUUGGGUCUCUGGAUGUUGAGAAAGCCAAAAAGGCAACAGCAGCUAUGGAUGAAAAGAAAUAUCGUCAGCGCCCUGAUACAAUUAAAUUUACAAGUGUUGUUGAUUCCCCAGUUAUGGUCCAGGCUAAAACCAACGCUCUUCAACUUAGUGAUAGGCUGUAUAAAUCAUCAAAUGAAAAGAUUAUUCAUAAGUACCGUUUACCUCCAGAUGUUCCUCAGUUUAUUCAAGCUCGAUGCAAUGCAGCCAACAUUAGUGAUAAAUAUUAUAAACAGGACUGGUUGAAGACUAUAGCCAAAGGUCAUCAUGUCCUGGGUGAUGCCAUUUCUAUCGUUGCUGCUAAGUCUUCAAGAAACAUUGCUAGUGAUUACAAAUACAAACAAGCCUAUGAAAAAGCUAGAGGAAAGCAUGUUGGCUUUAGAAGUCUUCAGGAUGAUCCAAAGCUUGUCCAUUUUAUGGAUGUGGCAAAGAAGCAAUCAGACAGAGAAUAUAAGAAGGACUAUGAAAAGACCAAGACCAAAUAUCACACUCCUCUGGACAUGGUUAGCAUUACAUCUGCCAAAAAGUCCCAGGAGGUGGCCACCAACAUCAACUACAAACAACCUCUUCAUCACUAUACAUACUUACCUGAUGCUAUGAGCGUUGAACUGUCUAGAAAAGGAAUGGAAAUCCAGAGUGAUAAUUUAUACAAACAAGAUUAUAACAGUUGGUUUAAGGGGAUAGGAUGGAUUCCUCUGGGGUCUUUGGAAGUGGAAAAAGUGAAAAAGGCUGGAGACGCUUUAAGUGAAAAUAAAUACCGUCAGCGCCCAGACACCAUCAAAUUUACAAGUGUUUCUGAUUCAAUGGAACUUGCUCUAGCCCAGAACAACAGCAAACAGAGGAGUGAUUUAUUAUAUAAAGCAGAAGGAGAAAAAAUGAAGCACAAAUAUUCACUGAACCCAGAUGAUCCUAAUUUCAUUCAAGCCAAAGUCAACGCUCUCAAUAUAAGUGAAUCUUACUACAAAGCCAACUGGAUCAAGCACCUUGCUAAAGGCUACGAUCUCAAGCCAGAUGCUAUUUCUGUUAAGGCCGCUAAAGCAUCAAGAAAUAUUGCAAGUGACUUCAAAUAUAAAGAGGCAUACCAGAAAGCCAAAGGAAAACAUGUGGGAUUCCGCAGCCUACAAGAUGAUCCAAAGCUGGUCCAUUACAUGCAUGUUGCCAAAAUCCAGUCAGAUAGAGAGUAUAAGAAAGAUUAUGAGAAGAGCAAGACAAAAUACCACACACCUCUUGAUAUGUUCAGUGUCAUGGCUGCAAAGAAAGCACAGGAAGUAUCUACAAAUACCAAUUACAAGCAGCCCCUCCAUGCAUACACACUGCUGCCAGAUGCCAUGAACCUUGAGCUGUCCAGGAACAUGAUGCAUAUCCAGAGUGAUAACCUCUACAAAUCUGACUUCAAUAAUUGGUUGAGAGGAGUUGGCUGGGUUCCAAUCGGUUCAUUGGAUGUUGAGAAGGCCAAGAAGGCUAAAGACAUAAUCAGUGAUAGUAAAUAUCGCCAGAAUCCAGACCAAUGGAAGUUCUCCAUCCCAAUAGAUGCAAUGGAUCAAGUACUUGCUAAAACGAAUGCCCAGACAAUGAACAAGAGACUUUACACGGACGCUUGGGAAAAAGAUAAAACCAAAACUCAUAUGAUGUCAGACACCCCCGAAAUCCUUCAGUCUAGAGUCAACCAACAAAAUACAAGUGAUAAACUCUACAAGUUGGCUUGGGAAGAGCAUAAGAAGAAGGGUUAUGAUUUGAAACCAGAUUCCAUCUCCAUAAAGGCAGCCAAAGCUUCAAGAGACAUUGCCAGUGAUUACAAAUACAAGAAAGCAUAUGAACAAACAAGAGGAAAGCAUAUUGGGUUUAGAAGUCUUCAGGAUGAUCCUAAACUGGUGCACUUUAUGAAAGUAGCAAAGAUGCAAUCUGACCGUGAAUAUAAAAAGAACUAUGAACUAUUAAAAACAAAAUUCCAUACCCCUGUUGACAUGCUCAGUGUGACUGCUGCAAAACUGGCCCAAAAUGUUGCUACAAACACAAACUACAAACGGCUGAUUCAUCACUAUAAUCUUCUGCCUGACGCUAUGCCCCUGGAACUCACCAGGAAAAUGAUGCAUAUCCAGAGCGAUAAUAUUUACAAGUCUGAGUACAAUGAAUGCUUGAAAGGUGUGGGGUGGAUUCCAUUCCUAUCACAAGAGGCUGAGAAGAACAAAAAAGCAAUGGAGAUCCUCAAUGAGAAGAAAUAUCGUCAACAUCCAGACACCCUUAAAUUUACUAGCAUCCCUGACUCAAUGGAGAUGGUUUUGGCAAAGAAUAAUGCUCUCACAUUGAAUAAGAGCUUGUAUACACAAGCUUGGGAUAAAGAUAAGACUGCCAUCCAUGUUAUGCCAGAUGCACCAGAGUUUCUACAAGCUAAAGUCAAUGCCAUCAACAUCAGUGAGAAAAAAUACAAGGAAGCUCUGGAGAAGUCAAAAAAGAAAGGAUAUGAUCUCAGGGCUGAUGCGAUUUCCAUCAAGGCUGCUAAAGUUUCCAGAGAUAUUGCAAGUGAUUAUAAAUAUAAGAAGAACUAUGAAAUGGGAAAAGGUAAAAUGGUUGGAUUCCGUAGCCUGCAAGAUGAUCCUAAACUUGUCCAUUACAUGAAUGUUGCUAAGAUGCAAUCUGACCGUGAAUAUAAGAAAGACUAUGAGAAGACCAAGACCAAGUACCAUACACCAGUCACCAUGUUCAGUGUCAUGGCAGCAAAGGAGGCCCAGGCUGUUGCAACAAAUCUAAACUAUAAGCAUCUGAUACACAAAUAUAUUCUUCUUCCAGAUGCAAUGCAUGUACAGCUUGCAAAGAAUAUGAACCAAAUUCAGAGUGAUAAUGAAUACAAAUCAGACUACAAUGCCUGGUACAAGGGAAUGGGCUGGACUCCAAUUGGUUCUUUAGAUGUUGAGAAAUCUAAAAAAGCAAUGGAAAUUAUGAGUGAUUCUAAGUAUCGCCAACAUCCAAGCAAAUUCCCAUUCACCAGACAUACUGAUGCUAUGGAUAUGGAACUUGCCAAGCAAAAUGCUGAAAUUAUGAACAAGCGCAAAUACAUUGAUGACUGGGAGAAAGAGAAAAUAAAGAUCCAUGUCAUGCCAGACACACCAGAAAUUCUUCAGGCAAAGCAAAAUAUGACCACUUUCAGUCAGAAACAAUACAGACUUGGAUGGGAAGAGACCAUUAAGAAGGGCUAUGACCUUCGACCAGAUGCCAUUUCAAUUAAAGCUGCCAAAGCAUCUAGAGAUAUUGCCAGCGAUUUUAAAUACAAAACAGCUUAUCGCAAGCAACAAGGGCAUCAUGUUGGAUUCCGCAGUCUUCAGGAUGAUCCAAAGUCUGUAUGGGCCAUGCAUGUGGCAAAGAUCCAAAGUGACAGAGAAUAUAAGAAAGACUUUGAGAAAUGGAAGACAAAGUUUAACAUGCCCGUUGACAUGCUGGGCUUCCUGCUAGCUAAGAAAUGCCAGACUUUGGUCAGUGAUGUUGAUUACAAAAGACCUCUGCACAGCUGGACUUGCCUACCUGAUCAGAUUGCCUUUACUCAAGCUCAGAAGGUGUAUGAAAUACAGAGUGAUAAUAGCUACAAGGCAGAUUAUAAUGAGUUUAUGAAAGGUGUUGGUUGGAUUCCUUAUGGCUCCCAAGAGGCAGAGAAGAACAAAAAGGCAAUGGAGAUUGUCAGUGAGACGAAAUACCGUCAGCAUCCAGAUACUCUCAAAUUUACCAGCCUACCUGAUUCCAUGGAGUUAGUUCUGGCAAAAAAUAAUGCUCAAAUAAUGAAUCGGAAACUAUAUACAGAAGCCUGGGAAAAAGACAAGCUACAAAUUCAUGUUAUGCCAGAUACCCCUGAAAUUCUGCAGGCUAAAGAGAACUUAAUCAACACCAGUGACAAACACUACAAGUCUGGGUAUGAAGAGAUAAAGAAGAAAGGCUAUGAUCUGAGACCCGAUGCCAUAUCGAUUAAGGCUGCAAAGGCAUCAAGAGACAUUGUCAGUGAGUUUAAAUACAAAGCUGCCUACCGCAAGCAGCAAGGCCAUCACAUUGGUUUCCGCAGCCUCCAGGAUGAUCCUAAGUCUGUGUGGGCCAUGCAUAUUGCCAAGAUCCAGAGCGACAGAGAAUACAAGAAAGACUUUGAGAAAUGGAGGACAAAGUUUAAUAUGCCUGUUGACAUGCUGGGCAUCCUUCUGGCUAAGAAAUGCCAGACCCUAGUCAGUGACAUUGACUACAAAAACAUUUUGCACAAGUGGACCUGUCUGCCAGAUCAAAACGAUAUAGUUCAGGCCAGGAAAACAUAUGAUAUUCAGAGUGAUGUUGCAUACAAGGCUGACCUUCAGUGGCUUAGAGGCAUUGGAUGGUCACCUACUGGCUCCUUGGACAAUGAGAAAAACAAGAGGGCAACUUUGAUUCUAAGUGAGAAUAAGUACCGCCAGCAUCCAGACAAAUUUAAAUUUACUAGUAUAACAGACUCUAUGGAGAUGACUUUGGCAAAAGCAAAUGCUGAUAUUAUGAAUAAGAACCUUUAUACUCAGGCCUGGAACAAAGAUAAGCUCCAAAUCCAUAUAAUGCCAGAUACACCAGAAGUUGAAUUGGCAAAACAAAACAAGAUCAACUUUAGUGAAAAAAAAUACAGGGAAGCUAUGGAACUUGCUAAGCAGAAAGGUUAUGAUUUGCGCCCUGAUGCCAUCUCUAUCAAAGCAGCUCGAGCCUCCAGAGACAUUGCCAGCGAUUUCAAGUACAAAACAGCUUACAGAAAGCAGCUCGGACACCAUGUUGGAUGCCGCAAUAUACGAGAUGACCCUAAACUUGUGUGGUCUAUGCAUGUGGCUAAGAUCCAGAGUGACAGAGAGUACAAAAAAGACUUUGAGAACUCAAAGACAAAGUUUAACAUGCCAGUAGAUGUGCUGGGUUUCCUUCUGGCAAAGAAAUGCCAGACCUUAGUCAGUGACAUUGAUUACAAGCGUCCAUUGCACCAGUGGACUUGUCUGCCAGAUCAGAAUGAUGUUAUCCAUGCCAGAAAAGCCUAUGAUUUGCAGAGUGAUAAUCAAUACAAAGCUGAUCUUCAGUGGAUGAAGGGCAUUGGCUGGGUUCCCAUUGGUUCCCUUGAUGUUGAAAAGGCCAAGAAAGCUGGAGAAAUCAUAAGUGAUAAUAAAUAUCGUCAGCGUCCAGACACCAUCAAAUUUACCAGUGUAACAGAUUCAAUGGAUGUGGUACUGGCUAAGAAUAAUGCAGACAUCAUGAACAAGCGACUGUAUACAGGAGCAUGGGAAAAAGACAAAAUAAAGAUUCAUAUCAUGCCUGAUACUCCAGAAAUUACCCUGGCAAGACAGAACAAAAUUAAUUUCAGUGAGAGUCUUUAUAAACAGUCCGUGGAAGAAGCAAAGAAAAAAGGCUAUGAUCUGAGAGUGGAUGCUAUUCCUAUCAAAGCUGCUAAAGCAUCUAGAGAUAUUGCCAGUGAUUUCAAAUAUAAAACUGGAUACCGCAAACAGUUGGGACACCACGUGGGCUUCCGAAAUAUGCAAGAUGAUCCGAAAUCUGUGUGGGCCAUGCACGUGGGUAAGAUUCAGAGUGAAAAAGAGUACAAGAAGGACUUUGAGAAAUGGAGGACAAAGUUUAACAUGCCUGUAGACAUGUUGGGUAUCCUUUUGGCAAAGAAAUGCCAGACCUUGGUCAGUGAUAUUGAUUACAAGCAUCCCCUACACAAGUGGACUUGUCUACCAGACCAGAAUGAUGUCAUCCAUGCCCGUAAAACAUAUGAUAUCCAAAGUGAUAAUCAAUACAAAGCUGACCUGUCAUGGAUGAGAGGUAUUGGAUGGGUCCCCAUUGGCUCACUAGAGGUGGAGAAGAACAAAAGGGCUGGUGAGAUUUUAAGUGACAAUAAAUAUCGUCAAAAACCUGACACCAUAAAGUUUACCAGUGUGACAGAUUCCUUGGAGAUGACUCUUGCCAAAGCAAAUGCUGAGCUCAUGAACAAGCGUUUAUACACUGGUGCUUGGAACCAAGAUAAAACUCAGAUUCAUGUAAUGCCAGACACUCCAGAGAUUCUUCUGGCAAAAGAAAACCGCAUCAACUAUAGCGAGAAACUCUACAAACUUGCCCUGGAAGAAAGCAAGAAGAAAGGAUAUGACCUGCGCAGUGAUGCUAUUGCAAUUAAAGCUGCCAAGGCUUCACGAGAUAUCAUCAGUGAUUUCAAAUACAAAACUGGAUAUCGCAAGCAGCAAGGACAUCAUGUUGGGUUCAGAAGUCUGGCAGAUGAUCCCAAGUCUGUGUGGGCCAUGCAUGUGGCAAAGAUCCAGAGUGACCGUGAAUACAAGAAGGACUUUGAAAAACAAAAGACCAAGUACAACAGUCCAGUGGAAAUGCUGUCUGUAUUGUUAGCCAAAAAUUGUCAGAAACUGGUCAGUGAUAUUGACUAUCGUCACUACCUCCACCAGUGGACAUGUCUGCCAGACCAGAAUGAUGUCAUUCAAGCAAGGAAGGCUUAUGAUUUGCAAAGUGAUGUUGUGUACAAAUCUGAUCUGGAGUGGCUGAAAGGCAUUGGCUGGGUUCCUGUUGGUUCACUUGAAGUUGAAAAAUCAAAGAGGGCUUCAGAAAUCCUUAGUGAAAAUAAAUAUCGCCAGAAACCUGAUACUCUCAAAUUUACCUCCAUUGUUGACUCCUUACCACUGGUUCUUGCCAAAAAUAAUGCUCUUCAGUUAAGCAAUAAACUAUAUACAGAAGCAUGGGAUACUGACAAAAGAACCAUUCACGUCAUGCCAGAUACACCUGAGAUUGAACUUGCUAAGAGCAACUCUGUGAAUAUCAGCAAUAAAGCGUACACUCUAGGAUGGGAAGAAACCAAGAAGAAAGGAUAUGACUUAAGAGUUGAUGCCAUCUCAAUCAAAAGUGCAAAGGCCUCAAGAAACAUUAUUAGUGAUUUUAAGUAUAAAACUGGAUAUCGCAAACAACAAGGACACCAUGUUGGAUUCAGAAGUCUAGCAGAUGAUCCCAAGGCUGUGUGGGCCAUGCAUAUGGGAAAGAUCCAGAGUGACCGUGAAUACAAGAAGGACUUUGAAAAACAAAAGACCAAGUACAACAGUCCAGUUGAAAUGCUGUCUGUGCUGUUAGCCAAGAACUGCCAGAAACUGGUCAGUGACAUUGAUUAUCGGCACUACCUUCACCAGUGGACAUGCCUCCCAGACCAGAAUGAUGUCAUUCAAGCAAAGAAGGCUUAUGAUUUGCAGAGUGAUGCUGUUUACAAGUCUGAUAUGGAAUGGAUUCGUGGUUGUGGCUGGAUACCAAAUGAUUCUUUGGAAGUGAAUAAAGUGAAGAAAGCACAGGAAAUCAUAAGUGACAGAAAAUACAAACAAGCUCCAGAUACUUUGAAGUUCACCAGUGUUGUAGACAGUAUGCCUAAUGUCUUGGCUAAAGCAAAUGCUCUGCAGCUCAGCAAGAAAUUAUACACAGAAGCAUGGGAUAACGACAAACGAACCAUUCAUGUCAUGCCAGAUACACCUGAGAUUUUGCUUUCCAAGAGCAACUCUGUGAAUGUUAGCAAAAAACUAUAUGAACUUGCCUGGGAAGAAACCAAGAAGAAAGGAUAUGAUCUGAGAGUUGAUGCUAUUCCAAUUAAGAGUGCCAGAGCUUCAAGAGAUAUUGCCAGUGAUUUCAAAUACAAAACUGGAUAUCGCAAGCAGCUAGGUCAUCAUGUUGGAUUCAGAAGUUUGGCAGAUGAUCCGAAGUCUGUGUGGGCCAUGUAUGUGGCAAAGAUCCAGAGUGACCGUGAAUACAAGAAGGACUUUGAAAAACAGAAGACCAAGUACAACAGUCCAGUGGAAAUGCUGUCUGUGUUGUUAGCCAAGAACUGCCAGAAACUGGUCAGCGACAUUGACUAUCGUCACUACCUCCACCAGUGGACAUGUCUGCCAGACCAGAACGAUGUCAUUCAAGCAAAGAAAGCUUAUAAUUUGCAGAGUGAUGCAGUGUACAAAUCAGACUUGGAAUGGAUUCGUGGUUGUGGCUGGAUUCCUAAUGACUCUCUGGAAGUGAACAAAGUGAAGAAAGCACAAGAAAUUCUGAGUGAUAAGCAAUAUCGCCAGAAUCCAGCCACCGUGAAAUUUACCAGCGUAGUUGACCUUCCGGCAAUUGUACUGUCCAAGGCGAACGCUCUCCAACUGAGUGAUAAUGUGUACAGAGAUGCAUGGAAUAAAGAGAAAACAAAAUUCAGCCUUCCUACAGACACUCCCGAAUUGGUUUUGUCCAAAGCUAACUCCAUCAACAUCAGCGAUAAACUCUACAGGCUGGCAAUGGAAGAAAAUAAGAAGAAGGGUUAUGACCUACGCAGUGAUGCUAUUCCAAUCAAAGCAGCCAAAGCAUCUAGAGAUAUAGUCAGUGAUUACAAAUACAAAACUGGAUAUCGCAAGCAGCAAGGACAUCAUGUUGGCUUCAGAAGCCUACAGGACGAUCCCAAGUCUGUGUGGGCCAUGCACGUGGCAAGGAUCCAAAGUGACCGUGAAUACAAGAAAGAUUUUGAGAAACAAAAGACCAAAUACAACACUCCAGUGGAAAUGAUGUCUGUGCUGUUAGCCAAGAACUGCCAGAAACUGGUCAGCGACAUAGACUAUCGACACUACCUCCACCAGUGGACAUGUCUGCCAGACCAGAAUGAUGUAAUUCAAGCAAAGAAGGCAUAUGAACUGCAAAGUGAUAACCUGUACAAAUCCGAUUUAGAAUGGAUCCGUGGAUGUGGCUGGUUCCCUAAUGACUCUCUGGAAGUUAAGAAAGUGAAGAAUGCCCAAACUAUUUUGAAUGAUCACGUUUACCGUCAGCCUCCUAGCAGCAUAAAAUUCACCAGUGUUGUUGACCUGCCCUCAAUUGUCUUGGCUAAAACAAAUGCUGAUCAAAUUAGUGAUAGUAAAUAUAAAGAAGCUUGGGAGACAGACAAGAGAACAAUACAUGUCAUGCCAGAUACUCCUGAAAUCAUGCUAUCAAGAGCCAAUGCCAUUAAUAUCAGCAAUAAACUCUACAGGAUGGGCUGGGACAAAGUUAAGAUGAUCUAUGACCUCAAACCAGAUGCAAUUGCAAUAAAGGCCGCCAAAGCCUCAAGAGAAAUUGCAAGUGAUUAUAAAUACAAGAAAACCCAUGAAAAAGAAAAAGGUCACUACAUAGGCACCAAAUCAGCUAAGGAUGAUAAUAAAAUUUCUUGGUACCUACAUGCUUCUAAACUUCCCAGUGACCUUGAAUACAAAAAGAACUUUGAGAAAACAAAGACUAAGAUAAACCUUCCAGUCGAUAUGGUUUCCAUCCUGUCAGCCAAACUGUGCCAGACUCUGGUCAGUGAUAUUGAUUAUCGGCGAUACCUGCACCAAUGGACCUGCCUCCCAGAUCAGAAUGAUGUCAUACAAGCAAGGAAAGCAUACGAGUUGCAGAGUGAUGCUGUUUAUAAAUCUGAUUUAGAAUGGAUUCGGGGUAUUGGAUGGAUGCCUAAUGACUCCUGUGAAGUGAAGAAGGUUAAAUACGCACAGGACAUUUUGAGUGAGAGAAAAUAUCGAACCAAACCCGACACUAUGAAGUUCACUGCUGUUGCUGACAGAGUGGAUUAUGUUUCUGCUAAACAAGGAGCUGAAAUUCUAAGUGAUAUCAAAUACCAUGAAGCAUGGAACAAUAUCAAGAUCAAGUACACUUCUGUGAAUGACUCCCCUCUACUUUUAACAGCACGAGAAGCAGCCAAAAAUGUCAAUGAUAAACUCUACAAAUCAGGUUGGGAGAAUAUCAAGGCCACUGGCUACCUACUCCCUAAAGAUGCUGUGCAACUUACCCAUGCCAAAAAGAGCAGCUUGGUCCAGAGUGAGCUGAAGUACAAAGCAGAACACAUCAAACAAAGAGGCCACUAUGUCGGAGUCCCAAGUCUUAAUGAUGAUCCAAAGCUCCGCUGGUUCAAACAUAUAAACCUGGUUCAGAACGACAGAGAAUACCAAAAGAAUUAUCAAAACAAUAAGUCAAAGAUCCACAUCCCUGGUGAUAUGGUAUCAAUCGAAUCAGCCAAGCAAGGCCAGCAAUUGGCUAGUGAUAUUGACUAUCGUCAUUAUCUACAUCAAUGGACAUGUCACCCAGAUCAGAAUGACUGUAUACAAGCUAAAAAGGCAUAUGACCUGCAGAGUGAUGCAAUUUACAAAUCUGAUCUAGAAUGGAUCCGAGGAUGUGGAUGGGUUCCUCUUGACUCUGUGGAACACCAGAAAGUCAGGAAAGCUCAGGAACUUGUUAAUGAGAGAGUCUACAAAAAAGAUGCACAGGAUAAUUUCUCCAAAUAUACUCAUGUGGUUGACACGCCACCAAUUGUACUUGCCAAGCUCAAUGCUGUCAUUACAAGUGAUCUGAAAUACAAAGAAACCUUCAAUCUAGAGAAAGGCCACUACAUCGGAUCUGCAGACACUCCACAGCUUAGCCAUGCCAGGGAUAUGUCCAAACUCACUAGUGAGAAAUUAUACAAAGAUUCAUGGGACAACAGCAAGGCCUUAGGAUACCAGAUACCUCCUGAUUACUUGCCUUUGGUCGGAGCUAAACACGCAAAGAUUGUAUCAAGUGAUCUAAAAUACAAAGAGCUCUUUGAAAAGGAGAAGGGACAUUACCUUGCUGGAGGCCAGAUUAAUGAUUUCCAGAAUGUGGUUCAGUCCUUACAGUUCCAGAAGAUGAGGAGCAUGCUGGCCUACCAUAAAGCUUAUGAAGACAACAAAACCAAGAUCAAUAUUCCUAAAGACAUGUUGAACAAUGUUCUUGCAAAGAAGUGUCAGCAGAUCCUGAGUGACAUUGAAUACCGCCACUACCUUCAUGAAUGGACAUGUCUGCCUGAUGAGCAAGGAGUAAUCCAUGCAAGGAAAGCCAAUGAGAUUUUGAGUGAUGUAUUAUAUAAAGAUGAUCUGAAUUGGCUUAAGGGCAUAGGGUGCUAUGUGUGGGAUACACCAGAAAUCAUCCAUGCUAAGUCAUCAUAUAACCUUCAGAGUCAAAUAAAAUACACAGCUGGUGGCAAAGAAAACUUCAAGAACUACUCUGUUGUUACUGACACUCCUGUAUACGUCACAGCAGUUCAGAGUGGCAUAAAUGCUAGUGAUCUGAAAUAUAAAGAAGAUUUCAACAAAAACAAGGACAAGUAUACAACUGUUUUAGAAACAGUGGACUAUGACCGCACCCAAAACCUCAAGGGUUUGUUUAGCCAUAACAUAUACAAACAUGCCUGGGAUAAAAUCAAAGCCACAAGCUACCAGCUGCCACCUGAUGCUGUUCCAUUGGCAUUUGCAAAGCACAAUAAGCACAUUGCCAGCAAGCUGAAGUACCGGGAAGAAUAUGAGAAAUUCAAAGCACUUUACACCUUGCCAAGAGGUGUCCAGGAUGAUCCAGCUACUGAAAGAUGUCUUAGAGUCGGCAAGCUUCCUCUUGAUCGUCUCUACAAAGAAAAUUAUGAGAAGAAUAAGGCGAAGAUUCACAUUGCACCAGACAUGCUUGAAAUUGUUGCUGCCAGGGAGACCCAGGAUAAAGUCAGUGAAAUUGAUUAUCGCAAAUACCUCCAUGAAUGGACCUGUCUGCCUGACCUUCAACUGUAUGUCCACGCCCGCAAGGUCAACGAACAGUUGAGCGAUAUUGUCUACAAAGAUGAUCUCCACUGGCUGAAGGGAAUUGGCUGUUUUGUGUGGGACACACCAGAAAUUCUACACGCCAAGCAUGCCUAUGAUCUGCGUAGUGAUUUUAAGUACAAAGCUAAAGCAGAGGAAAUGAAGAAGAAUUUUUCAUCAGUUGUGGACACUCCAGUCUAUGUGCAGGCUGUGACCAGUGGCAAACAGAGUAGUGAUGUUGUAUACCAUUCAGAUUAUGAACAAAAUGUUAAAGGCAAAGUUACUUCCACGCCCAACACAGUUGAUUUGGAGAGAGCUAGCAAUGCUAACAAGAUACAGAGUGAUAACCUGUACAGGGAGGAUGGUGUAAAAUUGCGUCCUAAAGGAUACACCCUUCCUAAUGACACCCCAAUGAUUAUUCAAGCUAAGAAGGCCCAACUCAUUGGAAGUGAUGUAAAAUAUAAGGAAGUCUAUGAACAUGUGAAGGCCAAAGCUUACACUCUGGGACCACAAGAUGUUGGCAUGGUGAACAUUAGGAAAGUUAAUAAGAUCCUUAAUGAGAGGCUCUACCGAGAAGUGUAUCAUAAACAGAAGGAUAAAAUCCACACCACUCCCGAUACCCCAGAGAUCCGCCAAGUCAAAGCCACACAAGAUGCUAUCAGUGAUUUGAUCUACAAAUCUGACUACCACAAACUGCAAGGACAUAUGAUUUCCAUGCCUUUCACCCCCCAAACUAUGCACUGCCGCUAUGUUGGAGAAAUAACCAGUGAUAAUAAAUACAAAGAGGACUUGCAGUGGCUGAAAGGCUUGGGAUGUUUCUUGUAUGACACUCCUGACAUGGUUAGAGCUCGAGACCUGCGUAAACUUUGGUCUAAAUCCUAUUACACCACAACUGCCAAGAAGAUGCUGGACAAAGUCAGUGUUGUCAUGGACACUCCAGAAUACAGGACAGUCCAGGAGCUAAAGACACACCUGAGCCAGAACGUGUAUAAAGCAGAGGGCAAUAAGCAGAAGACCAUUUAUACAUCUGUUCUUGAUACGCCAGACUUCUUGAGAGCCAAGAAAGGACAAGAAAUGCAGAGUCAGUACCUGUAUACAGAGGUGGCUUCAAAAGAAAGACCACACCACCAUGCUGAUGGACAGACCACAAACCUUACACAUGCCAAGCAUGUUAAGGAUUUCAUCAGUGAGAAAAAAUACAAAGCUCAGUAUGAAAAAUUCAAGCAUAAGUAUACAUCUGUUGCUGAUACACCCAUCCUUCUCCGGGCCAAGAAAUCCUACUGGAAUGCCAGUGAUCUGCGCUACAAAGAAUCCUUUGAGAGUGCCAAAGGAAAGUAUCACACAGUGAAGGAUGCUCUGGACAUUGUCUAUCACCGCAAGGUUACAGAUGACAUUAGUAAUGUAAAAUACAAGGAGAAAUAUGUCAACCAGUUGGGCAUUUGGAGGUCCAUCCCAGACCGUCCAGAAUACUUCCACCAUCGCAUGGUCACGGAUUCUGUUAGUGAUAAUAAAUAUAAAGAAGAUUUGACUUGGCUGAAAGGCAUUGGAUGUUAUGCCUGGGAUACCCCAGAUUUUUCCCUUGCAGAGCAGAACAAAUCCUUGUAUAGUGCGUAUAAAUACAAGGAGUCUUUCGAAAAGACAAAAUCUAAAUUCAAGUACACUGCGGACACUCCUUUGUUUAAUCACUUCAAGUUUGCAACACAGCUGGCCAAUGAGAAAUUGUACAAAGCUGAUUAUGAGAAGGAGAAAACGCACUACAGUGUUGUGGUGGAUGAUCCUAGACAUCUUCUGGCUAAAACCGCAAGUGAACAGAUCAGUCAGUGGAAGUACAAGGAGAGUUAUGAAAAGGGUAAAGACAAGUACACAUCUGUCCUGGAUACACCGGAAAACCUGCGCUCAUGCAAAGCCAACAAGCAAAUAAGUGAUAUCAUUUACAAACUGGAAUAUAACAAGGGCAAGGCCAAAGGAUUCACUUCAAUCCAUGACACCCCAUCCUUACUCCAUGCACGCAAAGUGAAAGACAGGAUUAGUGAACUGAAGUACAAAGAACUGUAUGAGAAGAGCCGUGGCCAUUGUACCCUUGGGCCAGAUGCUGUUCAGAUCCAGACUGCCAAGGAUGCCUAUAAAUCAAUCAGCAAUCUGGAUUACAAGAAGAAGUAUGAAUCUACUAAAGCCCAAUGGCAAUUGACUUUGGAUAGACCAGACUUUCUCCAGAACGCAAAAGCAUCUUUACAGCAAAGCGAUUAUGAAUAUAAGCUGGACAAAGAAUACUAUAAAGGAUGCAAACUCUCUGUCACUGAUGACAAGAACACUGUCCUGGCUCUGAAGAACGCAGAAAUGAAUAGUAAUGUCAAGUACAAGAAGAAAUAUGAAAAAGGAACAUACCAAGGAGAGUUUGGAGUGGUUGCAGAUACCCCUCAGAUAAUCCAUGCCAAAUCUGUUAGCACCAUUGUAUCUGAUAAUAAAUAUAAAGAACACAGCAAGAAGCAAUUGCCACAUGGCACAUAUACGACCCUCUCUGACAGACUUGACACAUCUCAUGUCAAAGAUGUGACUAAACAUAUCAGUGAAAAACAAUACAAAGAAAAGUUUGCUAAGGAGAGAGGCAAGUCAAACUACUCGAUAAUGUUCGAGCCUCCAGAUGUGAAGCAUGCCAUGGAUGUGGCUAAGGCCCAGAGUAAUGUGUCUUACAAGAAACAAGCCAAAGCAAACCUUAACUACACCUCCAUUGCUGAUAGACCUGACAUUCAGAAGGCAUCUCAAGCGGCUAAGUUAAUCAGUGAUAUCCAAUACAAAGCCAAGUUCCGCGAGGAAGCUGGACGCGGCAUAUCUAUUGUUGGCCGGCCAGACAUUGAAUUGGCUCAGGAAGUGUCCAAACUUACCAGUCAGACUGAGUACACCAAAGGAAAGAUGAGGGGACACGGAGCAGCGUCUUAUGACACACCCAUGAUGAGACAACUUAAGAAAGCAAAUGAGCUCACUAGUGAUGUAAAAUACAAGGAAAAUUUUUCAAAAGAUAAAAAAAAGAGACCACACUAUGACCUCAAAGAGGCAACAAUCUAUCAGACCUUUAAAGAUGCAAACACGCUUGCUAGUGAGGUUAAGUACAAGGCAGAUCUCAAGAAGCUUCACAAACCAGUAACAGAUAUGGCUGAAUCCUUGAACAUGCAGCAUAUAACAAGCACAAGCAAAUUGGCCAGUGAUUACCAGUACAAGAAGGAGUUUGAGAAGAGUAAGGGUCACUACCAUGAGGUGCCUGAUACACUUGAACAACUUCAUGUAAAGGAGGCAACAGAAUUACAAAGUCAAGUAAAAUAUAAGGAGAAGUAUGAAAAGGAGAGAGGUAAAGCAAUGCUGGACUUUGAGACGCCAACAUUUGUCACAGCUAUGGAGUCUCAACAUAUGCAAAGUGAGAAAGAAUAUAAGAAGGACUUGGAAGAAUGUAUUAAAGGCAGAAACCUUUCGGGGUUGGAGGUUACGCCAUCACUGUUACAUGUCAGAUAUGCUACAAAAAUAGCGAGCGAGAAAGAGUACAGGAAGGAUCUCGAUGAAACCAUCAAAGGUAGAGGCCUUACUGUUCUGGAAGAGACUCCAGAGCUCUUAAGGGCAAAGAAUGCAACUCAUAUCUUAAAUGAGAAAGAAUAUAAGAAAACGCUAGAAAUGGACAUUAAAGGAAAAGGGGUAUCUGUGGGUCUUGAAACUCCUGACUUCCAGAGAGCAAUGAAUGCUACCGAUAUUGCCAGUCAGAUAAAGUACAAACAGUCUGCAGAAAUGGAUAAGGCCAACUAUACAACAGUUGUAGACACUCCAGAGAUUAUCCACGCUCAGCAAGUCAGAAAUCUUUCCAGCAAGAAAAAAUAUAAAGAGGAGGCAGAAAGGAACAUGUCUUACUAUGUUUCAGUAUUCGAUACCCCAGAAAUGCAUAGAGUGCGUGAAAACCAAAAGAAUUUCAGCACUCUUCAGUACCAAGGUGACCUUAAAAACAUUAAAGGGAAAGUCACAGUGGUAAAAGACACGCCAGAAAUACUGCGUGUUAAAGAAAACCAAAAGAAUUUCAGCUCGAUAUUGUACAAAGAAGAAGUUGGAACAGGAACAUCUAUUGGUCAAACUCCUGAGAUGGAGAGAAUUAAGAAAACACAGGAUGCCAUUAGCACGAUUAAGUACAAGGAAAGCAUUGGAAAGGGAACUUCGAUUCCUGACCUUCCUGAAGUGAAACGCGUAAAGGAGACACAGAGGAACAUCAGCUCGGUAUUAUACAAAGAAAGCUUGGGGCAAGGAACCCCUACACCUGUGACUCCAGAGAUUGAGAGAGUCAAACGAAACCAAGAGAACAUUAGCAUGGUUGCGUACAAAGAAAACUUGGGGAUAGCAACACCCGUACCAGUGACUCCAGAGAUUGAGAGAGUCAAACGCAAUCAAGAAAAUAUUAGCUCGGUGUUAUACAAAGAUCAGUUUGGAGUGGGAACCCCCACACCCAUUACCCCAGAGAUGGAAAGAGUAAAACGCAAUCAAGAAAAUAUUAGCUCGGUUUCAUACAAAGAGAAUUUGGGGAAAGGAACCCCCACACCCGUCACUCCAGAGAUGGAGAGGGUCAAACGCAAUCAAGAAAACAUUAGCAUGGUUUUGUACAAGGAAGGCUUGGGAAAAGCAACUCCAACAACUGUUACUCCAGAGAUGGAGCGUGUUAAACGCAAUCAAGAAAACAUUAGCUCGGUUCUAUAUUCUGACAGCUUCCGUAAGCAGAUACAGGGCAAAGCUGCCUACUUAAUGGAUACUCCUGAGAUGAGACGUGUUCGGGAAUCUCAAAAACACAUUUCAGUGGUACGAUACCAUGAAGACUUUGAGAAACAAAAAGGCAGCUUCACACCAGUUGUCACUGACCCAAUCACAGAACGUGUUAAGAAGAACAUGAUUGACUUCAGUGACAUUAACUAUCGUGGAAUACAGAGGAAGGUUGUAGAAAUGGAACAAAGAAGAAAUGAUCAGGAACAGGAAGUCAGCGAUCUCAGAGUCUGGCGUACUAAUCCAGGAUCAGUCUUUGACUAUGACCCAGCAGAAGACAACAUUCAGUCUAGGAGCCUGCACAUGCUCUCUGUGCAAGCCCGCCGAAGCCGUGAGCAAUCUCGAUCUGCCAGUGCCUUGAGUCUGAGUGCUGGAGAUGAAAAGUCUGAACACUCGGAGGCGGCUGACCACCACCAUUCCUUCUACAGCAACUCAGGAUUAUACACCACUACAGUAACAGGCCACAAGGAGAGUACACAAAUACUGUUUUAUAAGGGUUACAAACAGGCAAAAACCACAGAGCUUCCACAACAGAGGUCUUCUUCUGUAGCCACUCAACUAACAACUGCUUCUUCAGUCCCAUCACACCCUUCUACUACUGGAAAAUCCUUUAAAGCCAUGUAUGAUUACAGAGCAGCCGACGACGAUGAAGUGUCAUUUAAGGAUGGUGAUACCAUAGUAAAUGUUCAGACUAUCGAUGAAGGCUGGAUGUACGGAACAGUCCAGAGAACUGGCAAGACUGGAAUGUUGCCAGCCAACUAUCUUGAAACCAUCUAAGCAACCAGAUUCAUAAGCGGCAACACUGAAACAAAUGUGGUGUAACAUUCAUCUACAAAAGUGCUGCCACUUGGAGCUUGCCUUGUUUAUAUAAUAGAUUCCAACAUAAAGCACUUUGACAUCAUAACAGUCAAACUAAGACUUUGGUUUUUACUAUUGUGCCCUCCUAGUAUAUCUCUUCCCCUGUAUGGUUGCACAGUUGCACAGUAUUAACACGUAUUAAAUACAACACAGAAAAUGCUCCAAAGGGUUAUCAAUAGCGGAUGUAUGUGUUUCCAACAUGUUCCAUGUCAACCAAUAGUUUUUUUUUUUUUUUAAAGCAUCAUAUUAGAUGAUAAAAUAAGCAAGCACCCUAGCAAUCGCAGAAAUGAAAAAGCCUCUCCUCUUCUGCUUACUGAACGCUGCAUGCACGUGAUUUUGUUCUAGGGUAAAUGAACAAGUAACUCCUGUACAUUGGAGUAUAAUAAAGCUGGAGUUUCUGCAGUA